AUGAGAUCAACAAGUCAUCAGCAACAGGGAUUAUUCUCUUGUCUAUUAACGUUUCUGACUGAAGUUUUGGCGCAAGAUCUUGAUAAGAUAAUUAAGGUGUGUCACGCGGAUACUCGUCUACCUCGGGAAUAUUUUUGGAUAUGCAGAAUUGACAUUCUUUUUUUUCGUUCUUCGUUACGGAGACAAUAUCUUUUCAAGCGAUUCUUAUCUAAGUUGGAGAAGAUACCAGGCAAAAGGCACCAAUCGUUAAAACGUAUAGAAGAAGGAAAAGGUUCUCCGCCGAAACGGCAGCAAAGCUUCAGUACAACUAAGAACAAGAUGCGUUGCAGCCAAGGUGUGGCAAUGGUAUUCGAGGACGCGUUCGUCGUCUUUUCGCGUUUUUUAUCACUGAAAUCGCGAGGCUGUGCACUCUUGGAAACACACCGGCAGCGUGAGACCACCGGCAUCAAGAAACUGUACAACAGCUUCUUCGUGAUGUUCUAA